AUGGACACAAUAUGGAAGGAUGACUAUAUAUCUAUACCUGAUUUUAAUUUUGAUACUACAACUAGUGGAAUCAAAUUAAAUAUUGAAGACACUGCUCGCCAUUCCCCAAUUGAAAUAUUUAAUCAAAUCUGGACUAAAGAAAUUAUUGACAUUAUCGUGAAAUCUACAAAUGCAUACGGAUUAAACCAAAAAAAUAAAAGUCGACCCCAUGGAAAAUAUUCUCGUAAAUCUAAAUUUACCGAAACCAACCCAGAAGAAAUAAAAAAAUUUCCUGGAAUGUGUAUGCUUAUGGGUUCAUUAAAAUUUCCAUCAUUACGUGAUAUUUUCUCAAAUAAUCCAUUAUACUAUCACCCAAUAAUAAAAUACACCAUGUCAGGACGACGUUUUGAACAGCUUCUCUCGUACUUCAGCGUUGAAUAUUUAGGUCUAUCCACAGAUACUGGCCCAAUGAGUAAAUUAAAUCCACUGUUUAAAAUACUAAUUGCAAAUUUUCAAAAAGCAUUUUACCCGGGAGAAGAUUUAUCUUUAGACGAGUCACUACUGUUACAUCGCGGAAGAUUAAGCUUUAGGCAAUAUAUAAAGGGCAAGAAGGCAAAAUAUGGGAUAAAGUUUUUUGAACUAUGUGAUCCUAAUGGAUACGUGUUAAAUAUUGAAGUUUAUAAGGGUAAAAAUAAUUAUUUAUUGCCGUCAACAAAUUCUAAAACAGAUAGCCUAGUCCUUAGGCUUAUGGAUCCAUAUUUAUGCAAAGGCCACAGUUUAUUCAUGGACAAUUAUUAUAACAGCACUACUCUUUCCGAAUUAUUAUUAAAAAAAAAAACACAUACUACGGGCACUCUGAGAAGCAAUAGAAAAGGAAAUCCUGAAGAAGUAACUAAAAAGAAAUUGAAAAAGGGUGAUCACGUAUGGCGGAGAAAAAAUGAAAUUUACAUUUCAAAAUGGAAAGACAAACGUGACGUCACAAUUAUCACUACCAAAUAUCAUCCACAAAUCGUCACAUCAACCAAUAAAUAUGGGCAACAAAAGUUAAAACCUAUAGAAAUUGUUAACUAUAAUGAAAAAAUGAGUGGAGUUGAUAGAUGUGACCAAAUGGUUAGCUAUUACAGUUCACCCAGAAAAACAUGUAAAUGGUAUAAGAAAGUUAUACUUCAUUUAUUAGACAUUGCUGUAUGGAACACUUAUUAUAUAUAA